AGGCCUGGGGAAAAAAAAGCCUCUGACUGUCCACACGAUCAAUGCCUCUCAUCAUCUUAUCUAGCUCUAUCAGGUCACCUCUCAUCCUCCAUCUCUCCAAGGAGAAAAGGCCGAGUUCACUCAACCGCGCUGCCUGGCGGGCUUUCAGACGUGUUAACGGCUGAGGUAACAAUCACGUCAUUCCACCCCCAUCGUCACUAUCAACAGAGUAUUUACAAACUACGUUAUUUUCAUUGAUGCGAAGAGAUGUCAAUCACUGGUUACAGCCAACUGCAGAGGCGGCCCAGCUGAGAGGGUGGUACCAGCUGGGAGACGGGUCUCCCGCUCCGGUUCUGAACUCACUGUCAAAGUGGAACAAACUUCAAACCAAAUGUCCCCCUUUUUUAUUCAUCUCCAUUUCCCUCUGAGGGAAGUUGGGGGCGUUUGUGAACCGUCUUCUGCAGCCGGUGUCUGAUGUAUGUUUGAGAAGCAGGAGGAGACCGCUUGUCCAUCGGCUUGCUGCCGGCUCCCCGGAGUGGGAGAGAUCCUGCCUGAAGAAGUAGAUUCAGUGAUCUAUUCUGAUCAUUCUGAUUUUCCAGUGAUACAGUUUUAUCCCUUGCAAUCCUUUUGCUCUGAUCAUGUUGGUGGAAUUCUCAAUAACUCUCUUCACCUUGCCUAUCAGAGGAACUUCAUGCCUUCUUUUAGCCGCCCGGAUUUCUUUUCUUGCACUUGCUAUACUCCUACGCUUGUUAUCCUUACCUUUCAUUCUGCCAGGCACUUGCAAGCUGGUAGUCGCAAAAUUUCGCUUUUGAAGUCAUCACACCUUCCAAGUACACUUUCGCCACAAAGCAGCGGCCUGUCUCAAUCCACACUUGCCAGAUCCAUUCUGACACCAUCAAAAUUGUACUUUCUCCAAUUCAGAAUCCCAACCCACAGGUCAGGCCGAAUCUUCUGUAUAUUUAGGUGCAUAUUGGCAUCAUGGUCACCGGAUGCAAAGUGUUGCUUUGCACAAAUUUCUGUCCGCUGCCCUGCCUCAUUCCUUCAUAGCAGAUUCAGUAUUGCACGCUUACCUUGAGGCUUCUGCGUACUGGUGAAGGAAAAGUUCUUCGACACGUUUCACAAACUCUAUCCCACCUGGUCCAUUUACAGUAUGAGAUUCCCAGUCAUUAUGUGAAAAGUUAAAAUCACCAAGUGUAACAACCUUAAGUUUCUUGCAACAAUAUACGAUCUUAAAAAUGUGUUCCUCUAAAUUCCUGGGACUGUCGGGUUGUCUUUAAUAUCGCCCCAUUGCCGUGGCCAUACCUUACUUAUUUCUCAUUUCCACACAGAAUGCUUCAUUAGUAGGGUUCUACGGAGCACUGUCGUGACAUUUUCUCUGACUGGUAACGCCACCCCUCCUUCAUUAAUCCUCCCUGCUCUGAAAUGCUUUAAAUAAUUUUAUCUCGAAAUAGCUGUGCUGGGUGUGGAGUGUUUGAGCUGAAAUUCGCCCUGCAGCGGACAGCCGCGUUGACAAGGAGGGUGGAGCCUGAACCUGGCUGGAUCAAAUUCGCAGCCUGGGAUUGGCUGAAUAAACCGGAGAAGCUCCGCCAGCGAGUUGGAAAAGUGCAAUCGACACGGAAAUGCAGACAGAAAAUUCUUGCGACCGUGAGGGAGGGUUCACACAGCCUGUGUAAUUCUGUCUGUUUUUGCUGCAUUUGUCCUAGUCCCCUCUCCUCCCGCUGACUGACCUGUACUGGGCUGGUGAGGAGGCGAGGGAUCGGAACUGCGGACGGCUUCAUUUACCCCGGAUUAUCCGGACCUGCCUAUCUGUAACGAGCGACAUGAUCGGCUAUCCAGGACCGCGCUGAACUCCGUCCGGUAUCAACAUCAGAGGGUUGCUACAUUGACCCCACUCCCGCCUCCUCCCGCUGUCAGACCCGUCCUGAGCCGGUGAGAGUUAGUGUGACCCGGACUGCGGCAGUCCCGCUGCACCCCGGCUCACCCGGCCCUGUCCAUCUGUAAUGAGCGGCGGACACAUCACAGCCGAGUGGCCUCGGGAGCAGCAGCUCAGACUCAACUCUCCGUACAGGGUGAGAACACCGGUGCAGGAACAUUGUCGGUCACCCGGGAAGUCAGACUGUGAUUUCCCGGGACCACACUGAACGCCGUCCGGUUACAACAUCAGAGAACAGCAAAAACUGAUCACACCUCUCACCAAAAUGGAUCAAGGUUCGAGCAGUGGAAGAGCUCCAGUGACGUCAACAUCGAGGAAGGACACGGAGCAGCAAAAACUGAAAACUCCUGUCCACAAAAUGGAUCAAGGUUCAAGCAGUGGAGGAGUUCCAGUGGCGUCAGGAUCGGGAAAGGACACGGAGCAGCAAAAACUGAAAACUCCUGCCCACAAAAUGGAUCAAGGUUCAAGCAGGGGAGGAACUCCAGUGAAGUCAACAUCGGGAAAGGACACGGUUCCGAACUCAGUGAUCACCGAGCUCCUGGCAAGCUGGAACGAUUUCCAGCUGCUGCAGUUGACGGACUUCUACCGGGACAGGCUGGAGCAGGCGAUGGAAGGAGGGGUGCACGGAGUGAGCCUGGCGUUAACGGCCGAGAAUCAGUUCAGCGGAGAGGAACAUCGGAAAAUCUCCGAUCUCGCUGAUAAGGGAGAGUGGGCGGACAGUUCUAAACUCCUCCUGAGCCUGGUGAUGGAGAAAGGCUCCCGCGCCCGGAGGGUGAUGUGGGAAACCUUUGUGAAAAUGCGGAUUGGUGUCCCAAAGUUGGACAAAAUACUGAAAGAAAUACAGGAACAUGGUUGUGUUCCGGUCCAUCGACCCGUACCGGAGAUUCCCAGAGAGCUGAAAGAUUCCAAAUCUACGAUCUCAGAUCUCCUGACGCAGUGCGAAGAUUAUCAGCUGCUCCACCUGACUAUUUUCUACCGAGAGAGACUGAAACCUGCAAUUGAAGAACGGGUAGAAGGACUCAGCUGGACGUUGAGACAGGAGGGACAAUUCAGUGAACAGGAACACGAGGAAGUCAAGGAGCUUGCGGAGUGGGGAAACCGGACAGAGAGUUCCAAACUCUUCCUCAGUCUGGUGACGGAGAAAGGCGCAAAGGCCCAGAGAAUGAUGUGGGAAUCCUUUGUGGAAGUGAGGAAGGAGUUACCAAAGUUGGAAAGGAUACUGAAGGAAAUCCAGGAAUUUGGUCCUGAUCCAUAUGAACAUAUGAAUGUCAGCCGUGGCUUUUGUGAGUUAUCUUCGCAACUCAAGGAUGUUCAGCAGAAACACAAGGAGACCCUGCGGGCACAAACGGAAACACUGAGAGUGAACACGAUCCUGAUGAGGGAGAAGGUGAAGGUUUUCCAGCUGGUUGAUCAAUAUGCUGAGCUCACGGUCAUUUCUACUGUUCGAGAUCGGAGACUGGUGGAACAUGAGCUGCUGGCAAGAGGCAAAGACCAUGAAAAAUGGAGAAAGAAACAUCUCUGUGGAGAACUGGAAAAAAUCCGGACUGAUCAGUUGUUCCAGAGCAGCUUUUCCCGGAGUAAAACCAAAUCUAGUAGUUCAGCAGCAGUGGCUGGAGCCCCGGGGAUCGGGAAAACAACGAUGGUACAAAAGAUUGUAUAUGACUGGGCAACAGGGAAAAUAUACCAACAGUUCCAGUUUGUCUUCAGUUUCAAAUUCCGGGAUUUAAACUCUAUUAACUGCAGGAUAAACCUGAGGGAACUAAUUCUUGAUCAGUAUCCUUACUUUGAAAAUAUCCUCAGAGAGGUCUGGAAGAAUCCAGAGGGAUUGCUGUUUAUAUUCGACGGUUUAGAUGAAUCCAAAGACAAAAUUGAUUUUGCUGACAGUCGGAGAGAUACAGAACCCAAGCACCAGUGUCCAGAUCCGGAGUGGUGGUGUGAAGUGUCUGACAUUGUGUACAGUUUAAUCCAGGGCAAGCUGCUCCCAGGGUGUUCGGUGCUGGUGACCACCCGCCCCACUGUGUUACAUCUAUUGGAAAAGGCAGAGAUCAGAGUCUGGGCUGAAAUCCUGGGAUUUGUUGGUGAGGAACGGAAGGAAUAUUUCAUCAGGCAUUUUGAAGAUCAGAUGGUGGCGGAAGCUGUUUUCAAACACGUGGUGGAGAACGAGAUCCUGUACAUCAUGAGCUACAACCCCUCCUACUGCUGGAUCCUCGCUCUGGCACUGGGCCCCUUCUUCACACAAAGAGUCAGGGACCCACAGCGAGUUCCCAAGACCAUCACCCAACUGUACUCCUACUACAUUUACAACAUCCUGAAAAACCACAGCCGUGAGAUUGAGAACCCCCGUGAUGUGUUACUCAGGGUUGGUCAGAUGGCCUUCAGAGGGGUGUCGGAGAGGAAGAUUGUGUUUACAGAUGGAGAUUUGAUCAACUGCAGUCUGCAGCCUUCCCAGUUCCUGUCCGGGUUCCUGAUGGAGCUUUUGGAGAGAGAGGAUUCUGCCCGGUGUGUGGUGUACACAUUCCCACACCUCACCAUCCAAGAGUUUGUAGCUGCAGUCGCACAAUUCCUGAAUCCACAUCCCGGGGAUAUCCUGAAAUUCCUCACUGAAGCACACAACACGUCAGAUGGGCGAUUUGAAAUAUUUCUCCGUUUUGUUGCUGGUCUCUCCUCCCCAAUGACAGCUCGGGGUCUGGAGGAGUUUCUGGGCCCAUUUCCUCAUCAAACAACCUGCCGGGUGAUUGGCUGGGUGAAGGAGGAGGUUAAACGCCAGAGUGGAAACACAGAGAGUGAAGCUGGUAAAAGGAGCCUCCUGAACACAUUACACUACCUGUUUGAGUCUCAGAAUAGUGGCCUGGCUCAGGCUGCACUGGGAUCUGUGGAUACACUUUCAUUCAGUGGAAUGACAUUGACCCCGAUUGACUGCGCGGUCCUGUCUCAUGUCAUCGGACCCUGUGAUACAAUAAAACACCUCGACCUGGAGAAAUGCCACAUUCAGUGUGAAGGAAUCCAGCGGCUGGGACCUGGGCUGCACAAGUGCCAGGAGUUGAAGCUUGGGCGGAAUGAACUCGGAGAUCCAGGAGUGAAACUGGUGUCUGCAGCUCUGAGGAACCCGGAGUGUAAAAUACAGAAACUGGGGCUGAGGGAUGUCGGUCUCUCAGAUUCUGGUGUCGAGGAUCUCGCCUCCGCUCUCAGUACAAACCCGUCACUGACAAAUCUGAACCUGGGAUUAAACUGGCUGACAGACCGAUCUGUCCCCGCUCUCCGCCGCCUCAUACAGACCCUCCCGAGUCUGAAGUGGAUCGGACUGUGGAACAAUGAUUUCAGUUGUACUGGGAAGAAAGAACUGGAAUCUCUGCUGGAACGCAGACCCGGACUGAGAGUGAAUCUAUGAACAUCUGUAUGUGUGAACAUCCCCUUCAGCGGGAUGGGGACAUUCUGCCCGAUUCCCGGCUCUCCCUUUUAAAUCCCGCCCUUACCUUUAGCGGCCAUGCGCCAGGUUUAAUUCCCGCAGACAGGAAGAGCCCGGGAGAGAGUCCAGGAGAGAAUCCUUUUGCUCCCUUUGCUGAGGACGGUGUAUUCGGCGGUCUGGCUGAUAUAAUGAAGUUAAAUUGAUAAAUACUUUGGACGUGACCCUGGAUCUGCAGCGAUCCCAGACACGGCCCUGAAAUGUGAUUUUAAUGAUUAUCGGUUCCCUGAUGUAGAGCGAUGGUGAGAUUAUUCAAUCUGUCACUUGUUGUUGCCGGUCAAUUAAUUGUGUGUGACUGUAAGUGAGUCGAAAACAGCUUAUUUAUACCCAUGUUAGCAGCUCACAAGUUGUUUAAUUUAAAUUUGUCAUGAUAAAAUCAAUAAACCGCUGUAACUUACUGUU